AUGCCCAACGUAAAUGUCAUGAAAAAAGAGCUCUUCAAGUUCAUCGGAAGAGAAUUCACUGAUGAGGAGUUCAUUAACCUUUGCUUCGAGUUCGGACUUGAAAUGGAAUAGGGAGACGGAACAGAGAUGCAAAUGACUAGAGUAGAUGAUAAAGGAACUGCUAUUGAUAUCAGCAAGGAAGAGGUCUAUAAGCUAGAGGUAGCUGCCAACAGAUAUGAUUUAUUGUGCCUCGAAGGUAUUUCAUAGAUAUUGAAAAGUUAUCUUGGCUUCGGAAAGAUCCCAAGACUCACCAUCAAGAACCAGAGAGAGGGCCCACUAGAGAGAAUCAUCGUAAAACCCGAGACUUAGGAGGUGAGACCAUUCGUGGUAGGAGCUAUUCUCAGAAACAUUACUUUUGACAUUCAGUCUUACAACUCAUUCAUUGAUCUUCAAGACAAAUUACAUCAAAACAUUUGCAGAAAGAGAACUCUAGGCUCAAUGGGCACUCAUGACUACGACAAGAUUCAGGGACCAAUCACCUACGAGGCCAGACACCCAAGAGACAUUGUAUUCUAGGCACUAAAGCAAACUGAGUCGAUGAAUGCUGAACAAUUAUUCGAAAAGCUCAGACAAGACUAGAAGCUGAAGAAAUACCUACAUAUCAUUGAGAACAAGCCAAAGUUCCCAGUCUUCUAUGAUGCCAAUGGUUAAGUGCUUUCACUUCCACCCAUUAUUAAUUCUGAUGCUACCAAGGUCUCACUUGAUACUAAGAAUGUAUUUAUUGAAAUGACAGGAACUGAUCUCCACAAGAUUGAAAUCUGUUUAAUCAUCGUAGCAGGUUUGUUCUCCAGCCACUGUGCUCCAGAAAGUGAAUUUACUAUUGAGCAAGUUGAGGUUCAUCAUGAGGUAGAUGGCAGAAUUGAAGUAUUCCCGUAAUUAACUUAUCACGAGUUCGAAGUACAACUCAGCCAAGUUAACAAGACUCUUGGACUUAGUAUGGAUAUCCAAAAGGCAAAGGAAUGCGCUGAAAAGAUGGGAUUAUUAAUCAAGGAUCAGGAUGACACUACAAAGCUAGUAGUUGAAGUUCCACCCAUUAGAAGUGAUGUAUUGCAUGCUUGUGAUAUUAUUGAAGAUAUUGGUAUUGCUUUUGGCUACAAUAACAUCCCAAGAGAGCUCCCACCCACUAAUACUAUUGGAAUGCAACAACCAUUAAAUAAAUUCUCUGAUUUAGUCAGAAUUGAACUUGGCCAAGCUGGGUAUAUUGAAUGCUUGACUAUGUCACUUUUGUCAAUUAAGGAGAACUACGAAUUCCUCAACAAGCCAUUCAAUGAGAACGAAGCAAUUCAAAUCUCUAACCCAAAGACUAUUGAAUUCGAGGUAGUCAGAACUUCCUUGAUUCCAGGUUUACUCAAGGUCUUCCAAUCUAAUAUGAAUGAGAGUCUUCCUCAGAAAGUUUUCGAGGUUAGUGAUGUUGCAAUGCUUGAUGAUACCUCAGAUGUUCUUGCCAGAAACGAGAGAAGAAUCAGCGCUAUGUAUAUGAACACUAACUCUGGCUUCGAAAUUAUUCAAGGAGUAGUUGACCUAAUUAUGACUAAAAUUGGAGCCAAGCAUGGAGAAGAUUAUAGACUUCAAGAAUCAGAUGAUCCCAUGUACUUCCCAAGAAGAGGAGCUAAUGUCGUGUUGAGCGGUAAGGUAAUUGGAAGCCUCGGAGUGCUUCACCCAUAAGUGUUAGAUUCAUUCCACAUUAAGUACCCAGUAACCUGUUUCGAACUUAGACUCAAUGAGAUCUUCGAGCACUUCAAACUCAAGAGUCAGUGA